GCAGAGAGCCAGCCCAUGUCUGGUAGUUUGCCCCAUGCGUGACCCCUGUUUACCUCCAGCGCCCAGGACUACAUUUUGACUCUCAGCUCUCAUUCGGACUCUUUGUUCCUCAGAAAGUAUUGCUGAUGUCUCUUUCUCGCGCCGCAGCGCGAUUGUCAAUAUUGAGCCCCCAAGACGGGCCGAGCCGCUGCCUCCGAGAAAACUUGCGUCCUGCUUCUCCAAAAUAUGCGUUGAAACGGCACCCCGCUCGAUGCAUUGUGGACCCAAUCCAGGAAGGCUCCAUAUUCCGAUUAGCUACGCGGGAACCUUGCAAAUUGUUUUUAUCUCCCCGCUUCACCCUGUCAGAUCGAGAGCUAACUGCCACAGUGAUAGGACAUUGCCGUAUUCCGGCGGCUCUCUUCUCUUGCGCACGUCCAUUCCGAACCUCAUCGUCACGCAUGAUCCGCCGUGCUACACCGAAUGAUUUAUCGCAGUAUUCGACAAAAAGAAAGGAAUCGCGCAUAAAUUACCAUCAAGAAGAUCCACGGUUCCUUCCGCAACGACACCGGCCGAAGCUACACCAAAUCUCGCCAUGAAGCAAACGCUGCCGAGCAAUACCUUUGCCCCAGUUGAAUAGUUACCACUACUCCAGUAUCCUUUGACUUGGCGCAACUGCAUAUCCGCUGCACACUGGCUGUCCGUGCCAACAGAGAGGGCAUUCAGCUAUUCACUGGAGGGCAUCCGCCUGCGCCCACAUCCGUUGU